CUUCUUCAGUGUAUAUAUAUAUAUAACUUUUUCUAAUUGUCUGAUGUAAGCUGAUUUCUUUUUUAUUUAGAGCAGUAAUAACUCCCUUUCCCUCAGCUUUAUUCACUGUAAUUGCUGCCUGAAAGCUCUGUUAAAUAAUUUGAAAAGAUAUUGGGAGAAAGAGGCUGCCAGAAAGGAACUGAUGAUGACAUAUAUGGUGGAAAGCGGGGGCAUGGUAUGGAGCAAUUCUGUCUUUAACAUGCCCGUGGAAUACGUUUACAAAAGGUCCAAGUUUUCUGCGUCACAAACAGACUCAAAUCAUGUAGAACAAUUUGUUCAAACGGAAGAAUUGGAAUUUUCUCUUUUCUCAUUAAAAUAAAUAAAUAGAAAAGGAAACGUUACAACAGUAAUGGAGAUUCUUCUCAGUCUCCAUAGCCUUUUGCUGACGUUUCAUAAAGCCUGGUCCCAUAGUACUUGCUGGGAAGAUGAUAUAUACUAGAAUACCCAUCAAUGAUUCUUUACCUAAAAUGCCCUCUGGGUAUGACUAAUCACCAGCAUACCAUGAGAUCAAUCCAAAAACAUAUGGUAUAACCAAAGAAAUCCCUCACCUAGGAAUUGCUUGAAUUUAUGCAUAAGUUAAACUCAAUGGGUUUAUGCUUUUCCCUUUUACCUGAUAGAAGCAUACUACUCAAAUGAUGCUUAAGCUAUAUAUAUAUAUAAUUUAGGCACUGGAAAGAAAACUUAUUUUCCAGUGAUGAUGUCUGCAUACAGUGAUUGGUAGGGAGGUUGAUUUACAUAUUUUUUUCAAUUUUUUGUCCAAUAUUGCAUGCUAACUUCUAUUUGGUAUGCUGACUAUUCUCAGUCUAAUUGGUUUUGUGGAUAAUCUUUUGAAAUAUGUCAUAUAUUUUUUUCUUCUUAAAAUAUAUCCUUUUAGAUAAGCAGCUAUUUAUGAAGCAGUGUUGUAAUUGUCUUUAUAUGUUUGAACUAUUGUUGUAUCAUUGGCACAACCGGUGGAGGGUUUAAAGUGUCUUGGCAGUACUCAUAGUGAGAUUUAAAGAGGGUGCUACCUAGAAUGUUAGAUAAGCCGAAAUGUUAGAAUUCUUGGGGAGGGAAAGAGGAUUUAACUUGAGGGAGGCAAACCAUUUACUAUGUAGUAAUAUUAUUUAGUCGAUUGCUAUACAAUUGGGAUGACGUGACAGUAAAAAUUAACUCUUUUUUAUACAAGUGUCGAUUUUUACUGUCACGUCAUAUCAAUUGUAUGGCAGUAGUAUAGCAGUCUACCAAAUAACAUUAUUCUUUAUUAUAUUAAUUUUGGAGAGAGAGAGAUGGGGGAGAAAGAAAACCUCUGUAACUACAGUUGGAAGAAAAGGAUAAAUAGUAAGGCCAAUCCUCAUAACUACCCGUAAAAAGCAGGUAACAAAGCGGUAACAUGUGUCGUUUGCCAAAAAGGGAAAACAGCCAAAAGAAUUUAAAACCCUAGAGUGACCCCAGCCAUUUAUAACACCCAUGAGGCCCUCCGGGCUACCCCGGAUCAGCCUCUGCCUCUGCAUUUGUGUAAACCUUAUUUCAGAGUUUUAGGAAACCCAUGGUUUUCCCAACAGACACCCUUCCAUUUACACUAAGUUGAGAGACAGAGAGAUGAGGGGUCGAUCUUCAAAACAAGAAACUAAAGCAGGGGUGGAAUUAGAUAAGCUUGGGGAGCUCAAAGAGGAAACUCAUCUCUCUGGUCCUUAUAUCCGCAGCCUAGUGAAACAACUUACCUCUUCAGGAACCAAAGAUCCCAUGAAGCCCAAAGACCCAGAUUGUAGUGUUGAUGGUUUACAUAGCCAGAAUUUAGCAAAAUUUGAUGAAGGUUCCAUUGAAACCCACCAAGCAGAGCAGCCCCCACAACCUCAACAACACAAAAAACAAGUUAGGAGGAGACUCCACACCAGCAGGCCAUACCAAGAAAGGCUUCUUAACAUGGCUGAGGCUAGGAGAGAGAUCGUCACUGCUCUUAAAUUUCACAGGGCAGCUAUGAAACAACAACAACAGCAGCAACAACUACAAGAAGAACAACAGCAACAAUCACCCCCACUGCAGCCUCAAUCAUCCCCCCACCCAUGUUUUGAUCAAGAAGAAGGAAGGAUCAAAUCUAGUAGGAGAAAUCCUAGAGUAUACCCAUCAAGCACAGCCAAUUUUUGUCACUAUCUAGACAAUCUUUCCUACUCUCAUCCUCCUUUUGCUCCAUAUCCUUUGUCCUGGCCUGCUGCUUCCCCCCCAUUUGCUCCUCCAUCUUGUGCUGACACUCUCAAUUUUACACUCCCAAACCAGCCCUUAGGCCUGAAUCUCAAUUUUCGUGAUUUUUGCAACUUCGAAACAAACAAUAGAAACACUCCACCACUGCACUCAUCCUCAUCUCCAUCAUCAUCCUCGUUCCCCAAUCUUUCUGUAGCCACUGAUCAGGAAGUUCCCUCAGCUCCAAUAUCACAGCAGGAAGCGGGGGCUCCUGCACUGGCAGAUGCCAUGGACCCCACUGUUGCAGCUGGGGGUGAUGCUGGAGGAGGCUUGCAUGCAGCCAUGGACGAUGAGGAGAUGGCAGAGAUCAGAUCGAUAGGAGAGCAGCAUCAGAUGGAAUGGAAUGACACAAUGAAUUUGGCCACAUCAGCAUGGUGGUUCAAGUUUUUGAAGACCAUGGAACUUGGGAGCCCAGAUGUUAAAGUUGAAGCUGAUGAUGAAUACCAUCCAUUUCAUGAAGUCAUGGAAUUCUCAGCUGGGUUCGAUGCAAAUGAGAGCUGCUUCCAACAACAUUUAUAUGAUUAUGGCUCAGAGGACUACUUCCAAGAUCCUGCCUUGUCAUGCAUGGACAUUGGAGAAAUCGAAGGUAUGGAUGAGGAGUGGUUAGCCUGAUUAUGAUUUUUCUUCUUUCUUUUUCUUUUUUUUUUU